CAAAUUCGGGUUUCAGAUCUCAUCUCAUUCCUAUCCGCCUCCCCCUCUCUCUCUCUCUCUCGACGAUUCAGAAACCCAAACUCUCUCGAUUCAGAAACCCCAAGCUCUCUCUCUCGGCGAUUCAGAAACCCCAAGCAUUCCUACCACUUGACAAUCGUCAAUAUUUCAGACAUGCGCUGGGUUCGUCAACGAUGGUGGCUGUGGGUGGAAGAUGAUGACGUUGGUUGGUGGCCAGAUUGGUACCAUCCUUACCAGAUCUACCUUUUGUUUGGUAUUUGUGUAGUUUAUGUUUAUACGCUGUUAAAUUUCAUGUGUUAUAAGUUGUUUUAAACAGUUUUGCUACUGUUUUUGGAUGUAUUUAUGUUAGAUCUGCGUAAAAUUUUCAGAUCUGUGUUGGUUCUGGGUUUUUAUAAUGUUUUGUGAACUGAGUGAUAAAAUUUUCAGAUCUGAAGCAUGAUUGAGAAAACAGUUUAAUGUAGAAUGUUGUAUGUUGUAUUUGAUUUACACAUCAGCUAUUAUGCUUCUUGAAUGAGGUUAUCUAAACACAUACAUGUACUUGUUAAUUGUGAGCUUGUGUUUUCAAUUCUUGAAUGAGGUUAUCUUUGCAAGUAACGUUUGUUCUUGUUAACCAUCUCACGGUCUUAAAGCUUAAGUGGUGCUUUUUUUGUUUGCGGUUAUUUCAAUCUCCAUAUGUCUCUCUUAGAAAGCUUGCUUUGGGCUCUGGAAAUCAGUUCAUUCUGUUGAUGCCACCUGUUUUGUUUAUGUCUAUGGAUACAUACCUGCAAGGUUUAUUUGUUCUUGCUAAUGAUCCAUCAUCAGAAGUACGAAAAUUGGUUUGUUCGGCUUUUGUUUAGCUAAUUGAAGUCCGUCCAUUUUUCCUUGAGCCACAUUUACGUAACGUAAUUGAAUACAUGCUACAAGUGAACAACGAUCCUGAUGAGGAAGUGUCACUUGAAGCCUGUGAAUUUUGGUCUGUGUUUUGUGAAGCACCGUUGCCACCUGAUAAUUUACGACCAUUCUUGCCACGUCUGAUUCCCGUUCUGUUGUCAAAGAUGGCUUAUGCCGACGAUGAUGAGUCCUUACUUGAUGCAGAGGAGGAUGGUUCUCUUCUGGAUAGAGAUCAGUUAAUGGAUUUCUAUCAAAGCACUCCGAAGCUGAAGCCGCUGAAGCCCGGGACAAGAUAUGCAGAGUUCUCGUGCGGCGAUAACUAAAUGAAUUCUGAACCCGAUUUGGGAGGAAAUCAGAUCGCUCGCCGAGUCUGGAAAGAUUAUUACGUGAAGCAUCUGAUUGUGGAGAUGGCUCUUAACUGAAUAAUUGGGCUGGUGUUGACAAAGAUGGGAUUGUGAGGACUCUUAAGUGCCAAAUGACAAAGAUGAAACGAAUUAAUCUAGGAGUAGUUUUUCGAAGCAGUCUUCAUUGGAGAAAUAUGGUCAAGAAUUUGCAUCAAGUAACCAUAUGUCAUGUUGGUCCAAAAAGUCUGUCUUUUUAAAUUGAAUUUAUAAAUAAUUAGUGUUUUAGUAUUGUAAAAAAAGAUACAUUACUACAAUGAUAAUCUAAUCUUUUUGUUAUUUAAAAAAAAAACUAUGG